AUGAAGAUCCAACUCAUCGCCCUCUUGGCUCCAGUUCUGGCCCUAGCCAGGCCCAGGUUUCCCACGGUCGUCGCCCCAAGCACGCCCAACCCUAAUGAGAUUCACAUCGUCUCGGCCCAGUUCUCCGGCAGUGGUUGUCCCCAGGGCAGCGUCUCGACCACCAUCUCCCCCGACCGCACCGUCAUCACGUUUGGCUUCGACCGCUUCCAGACGUACAUCGGCCCAGGUAUCCCCUUUGCCGAGCGCACUAAGAACUGCAACCUGCAUCUAAACCUGCGUUACCCGAGCGGCUUCCAGUUUGCCGUCGUCGAGUCGACAUACCACGGCUUCGCGCAGCUCGACCAGGGCGUCAGUGGCACCUUCUUCUCGACUUACUUCUUCUCGCAGGACGCCGGUGCAACGACGACGACGUCGACCUCUAUCGAUGGUGGCGGCAUCUGGAAGGACGGCCAGGUCUACACGAAGCAGGACGUCAUCCCCACGGCUGCGCUCAUCUGGGCCCAGUGCGGCGCCAGCGGCAUCUUGAACGUCAACAACAGAAUCAACCUCGUGAGCAGGGUCCCGUCUGCUUACGGCUCCAUCACCGAUGAUGAUGCUACCGUCGCCUUUACGCAGCAGGUCAACGUCAAGUGGCAGAAGUGCUGA